UUCCGAAUUGUGUACUAAAAGGAAAUAAAGCCCUAAACAACACCAGAAUUUCAAUUUCAAUCCUUCUUGAUAAGCCCUGUGCACAGCCCUGACAAUUCGUCUCUCCCUUAUGAUCGGUAUCAUCGGAACUUCCCCGGCGAUGAAGCUGCUUCAACCGGAGAAACGGAUGGAGUCCCAUCCUCGAAGUCCUAUAAAUGUCUCCAGCAAUCUCAAGUUUCAUGGCUCGGAAGCCGGGGACCCUGAAGAACAAGAACCUGAAAACCCAUCACAAUCGCUGAAGAAAACUAGGGAUUUGCCCAAUUUGAACAAAUGCCAUGCGUGUGGGUUCAUAGUUGACGUUUGCACUGGUAAGAAGAGACUCCAUGUCCUUAGUAGCGAGUGGCGCAUAGUUCUUCUCUGCAAAAAUUGUCUUUCAUCCGUUAAAUCUUCAAAAAUGUGCUUGUAUUGUUUUUCCGAAUCGUCUGCGGAUUGUUUUCGUUGUGAACAAUGUCAGCAUUCUGUUCAUAAAAAGUGUUUUUCCAAGUACAAAGGCACUGCUCCAUGGUCUUAUGCUUGUUCCGGGUCGGAAUUUUCUGUUUGUGUGGAUUGUUGGAUUCCCAAAUCAGUGGCUUUUUCAAGAAAAAGAAUGAAGAAUGGGAAGGUUAGGAAAAAGGGUGGGGUUGUAUUAGAAAAGGAGACUUCUAGGGUUUCGGAUGAUGGAAAUUCAGCGGUGUCAUUGGAGGAUGUGGUUAAGGAUGCAAAUAUUGUGGUAGGGAAGAAGGUUGAAGCUGCUGCCAGGGCUAGAGAGGAGGCCGUCAAGAAGGCUGUGGAUGCUAGAAGAGCGGUAGAGGUUGCAAACAGUGCUUUAAGUUUAGUAGCUAGCGGAGAUGAGAGCAGUUUAAAUGAGCGCCUCAAAAUGAGUGCUGGUAAGGUUGUUGAAUUGUAUCCGCCUAUGAGUAGCUCUCCGACUAGUUGCAGUUUAUUUAAUUCAAGUUACUUAGAUACUCCUAAGAUGGGGACUUCUAGUAUUGAUUCAUCUUGCAUGAGGUCGAACCCAAGCAAUUCAAGUGAUUUUUUGAAGCAUGAAAUUUCCAGUGAUGAUAACAUGUACAAGGAGUCCUCUAAACAUGUAUUGGAACCUUCAGUUUGUAUGGAUGGGAGUGACAUUAGAACAAGGUCAAAAGAAGGCAAGUGUGUAGCUGAUUGUGAUGCUAAAGAAGAGAUUGGGGAAGAGUUGAUGAAGGAAGGCGAGGGAAGUUCCGAUAGGCAGGUAAACUUCAGUGGAGAUAGUAGAUUGACUCUUGAUUGCAAGCAGACAGGCACUGCGUUGCAUGGGGAAGAAAGAUGCAAGGGACAGCCUGACCGCAAUUUGUUGAAAUAUAAAAGGAGGGUUUGGAGGUUAAAACCAAUAUCAGAUUGUAAACCUACAAUCCUUUACAAUAAGCAUGAGACUAAUCUUGAGAGACAGAGCUCAACUCCUGAUGUUCCAUUGAAUUGUUCCUGGGAAUUGAGAACGUUAUCUGAUGGUUAAUUUCAGUCAUUUCAUGCUCCUUUGCAAGCAUAUGUUUGUCAUAGUGGAUAUUCCAAGAGCCAUCUUGAAAGAGCAUAGCUGGCUAGAAUUCCAUAUAACGUAUCAAACAUCAAAAUGGGUACAAAAUUCCUCUCUACCGGAGCAAAAGACUUACUAAUGGCCCUGUUUUUCUUAAACUUGGAUAAUUAGCCUUGAUUGCUUGCAGAUCCAAGUCCAUUCCAGGCGCAGCUUUCUUUCUAUGAUCUCCUCUUUCGUUCAGCUCACCAGUCGGUCCUCACGGUGGUGCCGCCGCUCUGUCAUCGUCCAGCCAUCCCCAACUUAGUCACCGUCCACCAUCUCCCGUCGUGCCGUCUCUGCCGUCGUCCACCCACCUCCAACAGGUGUGCCGUCUCACAGUCGGUACUCACAGAGGCAAGGAUCUUUCGACUAUCUUCCAACUCUGUGCAGAUCUGUGGUCCUCGUGGCGUCACCUCCUCCGUCCACCGUCUCUGAGUUGCUUCCAGUGGUGGUGAUCUCCUGCUAUGGUCGAGGAAGGCAGUAAGCUUUAUCUAUACUCUAUUUCCUCGAUCUGCUCAUGGUCCUCCGUCCGUCGCUGAUCUGCUCGUGGUCCUCCGUCCGUCGCUGAUCUGCUCAUGGUCCUCCGUCCCUCGCUGAUCUGCUCGUGGUCCUCUUCAGUCGGUCUAACUCAGAGGUAAGUGAUCUUCUCUUUCUGGACGAUCUUGUUCAGGUUUGAUCUUGGUCAAAUUUUGUUUUCCUCUCCACUCUGAUCUAUGCAUGGAUGGAUUUGUUCUCGGGAUUGCUGGCUUAGUUUUGUGUGGCUUGAACCAUUUACAACUCUUGAACAUUUGCAAAUAAUAAGAUGGGUGAAAGUUGAUUUUUUAUGCUAUUUCUGUGUUAGUUUUGUGCCUAGUUGAACUCUGUGCUGAACAUGGGAGAUCUGUUAAAAGUUAAUUUUGUAGCUAUUGAAACUUGAUUUUAGUCAAAAUCUAUGCAUUUGCAAAUUGUGGGAAAGCUGGUGAAAGUUAAUUUUGUGCCAAGUCGAACUCUUUGCUGGUUUUGGUUUGUGAUCACUGAUUACUGGAGCUUUAUUCUCAAACAUUAUGUUUUGCAUAUAUAGGGGUCAUUUAGUCGAAUUUUUUGCUGUGUGAGUCUCUGUUGAAUUUGGCUCCUCUGAAAAUUGCCAAGUUUUUAUCAUGUAAUAUUUUAAUUAUAAUUUCUAUAAUUAAUAUGUUAGUUUUUUACAUAGUAUAAUGAGUAACAAUAAGUCAAAAGCUUCAUGGGAUCGAAGAAAUACUAGAAUCUUUAUUGACAUUUGUUUGGAACAAGCUCGAAAAUCGCAAAGAAAUGGUGGUAGUUUUACCAAAGCAGGAUGGCUCAGCAUAAUUUCUACCUUCAAUGAGAAGACUGGACAGAAAUAUGACAGACAACAAUUCAAGAAUAAGUGGGAUAAUAUGAGAAAAGAGUGGGUACUAUGGGAUAAGUUAGUUUCAAGUGAGACAGGAUUGGGUUGGGAUUAUGCAAACAAUACUGUGGAUGCUUCAGACGAUUGGUGGGAGAAGAAGAUAUUGGAAAAUCCUUUAUAUGAGAAAUUCAGACAUAAAGGAUUACCAUUUGCCAAUGAAUUAACCGAGUUGUUCCAAGGUACUAUCGCUAAUGGACCUAGAGCAUGGGCACCUUCAAGUGGAGUUUUGCCUAACAUUUACAAUAGGAAUGAAGGUGAGGAUGAAGAGGUGUAUCGGCCUGAUAUGGCAAAUGAGGGUAUUAAUUUGGAGGAAGGUUCAGGAGAUAGUGAUGAGAUCUUAGGAACUACUGGAGUAAGCGGUGAAUUUAAUAGAGUAGUUCUAAAUGCUUCUCAAGGAACCUUAAGUGGAAGCAGUGGUAAGAGGAAGAGGGGCGAAAGCAGUAACGGUAGAAAGAAGAACAAGUUACCUAGUACAAGUCAAAUAGCAGAUGCAAUGAGUGUGAUAGCUCAAACAACAAAGGAAGAAUCUCAACAGGCCAAGGAAACAUCAAUUCCCGAAGUCAUGUCUAUAGUCAAACAAUGGGAAGAAGUUGCAACUGAUAAACAUUGGGUUUCACGAUGCAUGUCACUCUUCAUGUCUCGAGAGGCUAGGGUGAUGUUUUUGAUGAUGAAGGAUGAUAAAGAAAGCAUUUUGGAGUGGUUGAGAUAUGAAUGUUACAAAAAUGGUUGAUUAUUGGAGUUUUAAAACUUAUUAUGAGUAUAUGAUCUUACUUAAAAAGUAAUCUAACAUGUUUGUAUUAUAUUGUAGAAUUUAACUUAUGUAGCCUCUUGAACUACUUAUGUACUUUUU